CCCUGGAACACCCGAACCAAUCCCUUCUCUGCUGCUUCACGCUCCCCAAGAAGCUCUUCCUUUCUCUGUAGGGUUUCCAUCUCCCAGUCUCAGAAAUAUCAAUCUCAAAAUCCGUGCCCCGAUUGAGCCCGGCAUGAUCAUUCCGACGAGCUCAUUCUUUCAUGCCUGUUGAUCUCGGAAGUUCCCGGCCCUCACCGGAGAAGAUUUCUUCUGCCUGUGUAGGUUUAGUAGCUUAUUCUGUCUAAAUGAUCAGCACCACCUCAAUGUUGCCAGAAGGUUAGUGCAGUUAUGGCUUGUGUGAAGACGGUCACUCAUCUUAAGGGUUGUCUGUGCCAUAAUCUCCUCCUGGUAGUUAUCUGGUCGUUGAGCUACCUAAAUGUAGAGGCUCUGCAGAUGCUGCCUGGAUCAAGCAGUCAUACUUAUUCUCCUGCGCUAGCUAGCCCACCCAACAGUGGAAUGUUUGAACCCUUUGAAAUAUCACCGGCUGUGAUUCCACACUAUCCGUUUCCUCUUGAUCAACCUCUGUCACCUAUGUACCCAUCCUUUCCCACCACAUAUAAUCCCAUCUUGACUGGAAGAUGCCCAGUAGACUUCUCUUUGAUUUCAAACAUGACAGAAAAAACAGCUACUGAUUGUACUGCAUCUCUCUCAAGAGUAGUAAGAAAUGUUAUAUGCUGCCCGCAAUUCUCCAGCUUGCUUCACAUAUUUCAGGGGUUCUUCAGCUCCAAUUCUAAUGCUUUAGUUUUGCAAAGUGCUGUUGCUGAAGAUUGUUUUAAAGAUAUCGUCAGUAUACUAGCCAGCAGAGGGGCAAAUGGGUCCAUAUCCACCAUGUGCUCUGCAAGCUCGUUGCAGCUCACUGGCAGUUCUUGCCCUGUGAAAGAUGUAACUACUUUUGAGAAGGCAGUAAAUACUAGUAGAUUGUUGGAGUCCUGCAGCACAAUUGAUUCUCUUAAGGAGUGCUGCAGGCCAGUUUGUCAGCGUGCAAUUUCAGAGGCUUCACUUCAACUAUAUGGGAUAAGAUCAAAUCACUCAAGUGUGAUUGAUAGUAAAAAUUUACUAGAAGCGCCUGGCCAGAUCGACAGUCUUACAGAUUGUAAAGGAGUUGUGCAUUCAUGGCUGGCCAGGAAACUGCCAUUCGAAGACGCAAAUAAAAUAUUUCGGUUACUAUCUUCAUGCAAAGUUAACAAAGUUUGUCCUCUAGAUUUCAAGCAGCCAUCUGAAGUGAUAAAAGCAUGCCGGAAUAUAGCAGCUCCCAGCUCUUCAUGUUGUAGCUCACUAAAUUCAUACAUUGCUGAUAUACAGAAGCAAAUGUUGAUUACUAAUCGACAGGCUAUAAUGUGUGCAACUGUAUUGGGAUCAAUGUUACAGAAGGCUGGGGUGAUGACAAAUGUGUAUGAGCUAUGCGAUAUUGAUUUAAAAGAUUUCAGCCUUCAAGCCUAUGGUGGACAAGAAGGGUGCUUGCUUCGAAGCUUGCCUACAGAUAUGGUGUACGACAACUCUGCAGGUUUCAGCUUUAACUGCGAUUUGAAUGAUGAUACUGCAGCUCUGUGGCCUUCAUCACCCUCUGGUGCAUUCUCUUUUUGUGCACCCGAAAUGUCCUUACCAGCAUUACCAACAUCAUCAGAGACUGGCUAUCGAACACAUGUGCCACAUUUCUCCGUGUUGAUUCUUUUGUUUUUAGUUUCCAAGUUGUACUGAGGAGAUUUAGUUUUCAGAUAUCAAGCCCCGGUGCAAACGAAGUAGAGAGCCAUAGAUGGAAGAACUUUGGGAAGAUCUCAUGUAUAUUUUUUACACAUCUUCAUGCAUGUAUAGCUCUACUGUUUUAUUUUUUUGGCUAUCCCACUUCUCCUAGGUUUCUUUUUUCCCCUUUUUCUUUAAUGAGAGAAUGUCUAAAGAUGCAAGUUGGUGCACAACUGUGUCUUCAUCUACAGAGACUUGAAGCCAAUCGUGCCCAGAGUAUAAGGUAAUGUACAUUAGUCGGCAUUUGGUUCGUAGAACGUUGUCUCGUGGAUGUGGUGUACAUUGUCUUGUUUGGGUUAACCUUUGUGGAAUAUUAGAUGGAUGAGUUUGCGUCAUGUAUAAAAUGUCUCUUUUUAAAAACGUGUUGAUCUCACUCGCUUCUUGUGUUUUA